AUGACUAGAAUGACAUCUAAAAAAGAUGUGAAAAGUUUAGAGAAUGAUGGAAAAGUUGUUGCAAAAUGGGGGGAUGAUAGUAAAACUGAAAUUUUGCUGAAAAUUUGCAUCGAAGAAAUAGAAGUGGGUAAUAUACCAACUACCCACUUCAGUAAAGAAUGGUGGAAGAAUAUUACAGAAAAAUUUCAAAAGAAGACCGAAUGUGCUUAUGAUCGCACUCAACUAAAAAAUAGAUGGGAUACAUUGAAAAGAGAGUUUUCAUCCUUUGUGAAGUUAGUGGAUAAACAAACUGAAGUAGGAUGGGAUCAUGAAAAGAAAACUAUCUUGGAGGAUCUUGAUAUUUUGAAAUGGAAACAUGGAGGACCUAAGUUUAUUGACUUGCUAGAUAAAUGCUUCAUGGGUGCCAUAGCUACUGGAUUCGCCCUUUACAAACCAUAUGAAGAUCAAUUACCUUGUGAAGGAUCAGAAUCUCUUUUUGGAGACGGCCAUGAGAAUAACACAAUUAAUAAAGAAGAAGGGGAUACAAAUAGUUUUGAUGUUGGAAAGGAAGUACAAGCAAACCCAACACCAAGUUCUUCCAAAAAGAGGAAGAUUUUAGGGAAAGGAGAGAAAAUUGGGACAACAAAGAAACUUCAACGAUCUCUUGAUGGUAUACUCGAUGGGUUUGGGCCAAGCCAACAAGCACUCCCAGAAGACAACAUAAGUUAUGCAAAAUGUUUGAAAAUGUUGGAUGAAAACUCGCCUUUUCGUUUUUCCGAAAAAACUUGA